GUCGAGCCAGAAAGUCGUGACUCCGCACUAGGAGUUCCGACGCUCGUCUUCCUUUUGUGCAAGUAUACAGUUAGCAGCGUCCUCGCAAAAUCAUCAAUCGAAAGAGCAAGUGAACGUUUCACGUUACGAUGAUCCUCAAAUAUUAUUUACUAAAAGUUUGCCUGUUUUUCACUCUUUUCUCAAAUUUAUCGUUAACCUUCGCGAGUGGUGGAUCGUGGAAACGUCGCGAGGACAAAACCAAGUGCCCAAAAGUCAAAGGAAUUAGGAAUUUCGACAUAACAGGGUUUUUAGGGUCGUGGUACAUCGUGCAAUACUAUGCAAGCUCCGAAGAAGCUUUGGCCUACAGAUGCAUGCAAGCAGAGCUCUCAGUAUCGUCAGAGAACGCCGAAGUCACGAUGAACUUUACGUACAGUUUUACGGACGAUCCAAUAAACGAGCAAAUCGUGGGAAACAUCACGUGGAACAUACCCUCUCAAGAUAUACCUGCGCACUGGAUUCACGCCGAAGAACCAUACGAGGGUGUUUACAACACUUAUGUGCUGGAUUCUGACUACAAGUCGUGGGCCCUGUUGAUGCACUGUGCCGAGAAGACGAAAAGCCCUCGUUAUCUCUCGAGUUUUAUUAUGAGUCGUGAGAGAACAUUAGCUCCGAACGUAAUUUCUUAUCUGCGAGAAAAGCUUCCGAGGUACGACAUCGACUUGGAAUACAUGUUCCCCAUGGAGCAAAAUGACUGCACGGUUACCGAAGGCGACUCAUUGCUCAUUCCACCCGUAGUCGCGGCGAGACGAGCUUAUGCAGCGCGCAGGCAUCCUCUCAAACGAAAACACAAGCGUUUCUAAUUUCCAUACGCCGGAACGGGGCUCGUCUCAAUAUUAUUUUUUUCUUCGAUCACUGUGCCGACGUCCCUUGUAAUGCUCAGAAAAACAUCGAUAAUUACGUGCAUAUGAUUAUUCUAUUCCUGACGCGAGCGUCGUUUACACGACAUUGGCGUCGAGCACUUUGAAUUUUUUUCUUCUCUUGUGUAAAUACCGAAUUUUUACUAGUCUAUGGUGUACAUAAAGAAAAAAAAACACACUGAGAAAAAUAAUUAAGCGAUUCACCAAAAUCUCUGUUGGAUCAACGAAUCGUGGCGAACGAAAUGAAAUUUGUUAACUCAAACAAAAAUUUGGUUGAUGCUCAAUUUGAAUGCUCAAAUCAAUAUUUCCCGAUGGAACAAAAAAAAACGUCGGAAACAUGAUUGAAAACAAUUUGUUCACCACGAUUUGUUGGUCCAACGAAGAAUUGUGUCGAACCAACAAAUUUAUUUUCUGAGUGCAUAGAAAUUAUACUUUAUUUCGUGUGAAAGUCGAUUGAAAAUGAAAACGAAUUUGGUCAGUGGAUAUCACUGCAAAAACUCGCACUGAACAAAAGUUUUUAGAAAAUAAUUCAACGUUCCCAAAUGUUUCUAAUAUAAUGGAGUUUUUAUUAAUCAGUUUUCAAUCUCAGUGGACUUGACCCUUCACAACGAAACUUGCUGACCUCAAUUUUUGAGGCUGUUAAACGCGAAAAUUGGAGUCAGAAUCUUAGCAUUAAAUAUGAAACUCUUCAUUUGAGAGGAGUUUUUUUCCGUAUAUGGUUGUUUCAUGAUAACAGCAUCGGUGGUUCAGUGGUAGAAUGCUCGUUUCAGGAUAAUAAAGGAUAAUGAAAAAGGUUGUAAUAAAACUGUCGUACCUUGGGCUAGUUUUAUUAAUUCAA